GUUAUUGCUGAAAGAAAACUUUAUCAUGAUCGCACUAAGGGUCGAUAUUUACCAACUUCUGGUAAUGACACUUCGGCAGAGGAUAAUGACACAGAAGUGAUAGGAAAUAUAUUUCAUUCAGUUCGAAAAAAAAGGUUUGCAAUGUUGGAUAUACUACUAGCAGCAUCUCGUGAUGGUCUUAUGACUGACCUUGAUAUCAGAGAAGAGGUCGAUACUUUUAUGGCUGAGGGUCAUGAUACUACAGCAACUAGUUUGUGUUUCACUCUAGCAUUAUUAGCUGAGCAUAAGGAUAUUCAGAAUCGUGUCAGGAAUGAAGUCGAUACCGCUUUGCAAAAGAAUGGGGAGAAAUUUACUAUGAAAUUAUUGCAAGAAUUACCAUAUUUAGAGAGAUGCAUAAAGGAAUCAUUACGCUUAUAUCCCAGUGCGCAUCUGAUAUCACGAAACACUGGGGAAGAUGUAGAAUUAUCCUCAUAUUUAGUACCUGCUGGAACAUUCGUGCUUCUUGACAUUUACGGAGUCCACAGAGAUCCUAAUUUUUGGCCAAACCCAGAAGUAUUCGAUCCCGAUAAAUUUUUGCCCGAGAAAAUCCGAAAUCGACAUCCUUAUUCAUACAUACCAUUCAGUGCGGGACCACGUAACUGUAUCGGCCAACGAUUUGCUAUGCUGGAAAUGAAGGCUAUGAUAGCUUCUCUAAUACAUAAUUUCUACGUCGAGCCUAUUGAUUAUUUAAAGAAUAUUCAAAUUCACGUUGAUUUUGUUCUUCGUUCUGCUUCUCCAAUUCGUGUAAGAUUUGUUCCUGUCCGUGAAACGAAUACAAGCCUUUGAAGCAAAUAACGGUUUAUGAACAUAGGUGAAGGUAAAGGUAAGACUCUAUUUGCCUACCAAACUAUUUUGUAGGUAACGCUAACAGUGUUGUCCGAUAUAUGUAAUCUUUAGUUUUAUAAGUUUAUGGUUUGUAUGGCGCGCCUCCUAAUUGUAACCAGGAUUGAGCAGAUGUCGCGCCCGUAAAGGAAGAGCGGCGCUCGCGUUUCCUCUCAAGUCAGUCGCAAGCCAGCUGCUGACACGCAAGCACGUUAAUAAAAGCUUAUCGAUCAAAUAAAAGAGUUUUUCAUGGUCCUUCGAGCCGGAUCCCAGAGAUUCGAACUGGGAUAAAAAGGGAAUACGUCCAGGAUCGAGCGACGGCUAGCCUUGGAAGGUCCGAGGUUGGGGAGCGUGGCUCAGUACAAGGAGCUACGCAAGAAAAGGAAGCGGCCGCCGUUCCAGAACGAUACGGGGAGCUAUCGCUGAGUGACCCGACCACACAAGGAAGGUGCCCUCGUGCAGCAGACGAGGACAUUUUGAGUUGGCCACAAGGAAGGUGCCCUCGUGCAGCAGACGAGGCCAUUUCGGGCUGACCACAAGGAAGGUGCCCUCGUGCAGCAGACGAGGCCAUUUUGAGUUGGCUACAAGAAGGUGCCCUCGUGCAGCAGACGAGGCCAUUUUGAGCUGACUACAAGGAAGGUGCCCUCGUGCAGCAGACGAGGCCAUUUUGAGUUGGCCACAAGGGAGGUGCCCUCGUGCAGCAGACGAGGCCAUUUCGGGCAGACCAC